AUGCUGGAACUCGAGGACUUUGAGGCAUUCAUUGAAGACGGGUUCGAUCCGUUGAAAUUCUCUGCUUCACUUCUUCUUGCCACCAAUGUGACCGAUGAUAGUGAGCUAGACCUCUGGACUCCAAUCAAGAAACUCCAAUUUGAUGCCAACGAAGUGGAGAAACGCAUGGAGAAGCUCGCUUCUGCCAACCACGAGCUGUUGAUUGAAAAUUUCUCGCGGAUAGAAUCGACGCGUGCUCUUUUGGACGCUCAAAUCAACCCUCUGACUGCCAGAAUGAAGAAAGCCUUCCAACGCAUAAACAACGACAUCGUCCAGCCAUACGACGACGCUGUGAAGCUCAACGGUGCAAUAAAAAGGGUUCAUGCUACUCUCAACUUGCUCCGCGGUGCUGGUUUUUUCUUUCUUUUUGUUCAACAGCUUCAGGAUUGCGAGAAACAGCACGAAUCGCUGUCUGACUCCAAAAACGUGGUUCGGUUGGCCAGAUUACACCGCCAGGUAGGUGAGAUGUUCACGAAAAACGUCUUCUCCACGUCUGAGGACCCUGUGGAUCUUUUGUCUUUGAAGUUGGUACGGGAUUACCAGCCGAUUUUCCAGGUUAAAACCACUGACCUCACCAAUGAACUUUCAGCCAAAAUUUCCAACGAUUUGGGCCACCACAGCUCCUUUGUGGCCUCCAAUGAGAACCUACAGAAUAAUCUUGUUGCAUUGUCGAUAUUGGAUGAGACUGAGCUUUUCACACUCUUGGAUAAAGGCGCCAUGUCGAAAUCCAUUCAAGUUGCUUUGACUUCCCUUACUAGAUCGCUUCAAUCGCCUAGAAAUUUCGAAACUGUUUUGAUUGAGGUGAAUCAGACCUCAACAAACUUUGUGGCCACCCUAUCUGAGUUGUUGAUGAACAGUCGAGUGAUAAAACUGGAUGGUAAAAGCAGUCAAGAAAAUUUGUCUGAAAACUUCGAGAAUUCUCUAGCUCUGGAAGGUUCAUCCAUUGCAAAUGUGUACUGGGCAAGAUUGUCAUACAAAUUCAAGAAGAAUUUGGUAGCUACAAUGGCUAGAGGUGGACCUAUAGCCCGCAAUUUGCGCUCUCAUUCUGCAAGCAUCUCUGCUUCCGUGAUUAAAGUGCUAGAUGGUAAAGCAAAAGAAGGAAUGGCAGAGGCAGUGGCGCUAAUCAACUCGCAUGGUCCAUAA